CGCGGCGCUCGGUCCCGUGUCCCGCUGCGGGACGCUCUAGUGAUGUGCUGUGUACGAAAAUAAAAAAAAUCCAAAACAAAAAAAAAUACAGUGAUGUGUUUGUGAUCAUUCAGGAAUCGCUGGUUCCUUAGAUGGCUUACCGCCGAUGUAAAAACAAAGCCGAAAUGAGAUGAGUAUGCGCGUGUCGUGGGCAAGGUGGUAUUGGAUAGUUAUCUUCACGACUUGCACCGCGAGGACCGCCAGCGACUGGCUCGACUGCGCCCACAUCCCGACCUGUCGCUGCAAGUGGUCCUCAGGGAAGAAGACCGCCACGUGCGCCUCCAGCGACCUCCGCCGCCCGCCAGCGCUCUCACCAGACAUACAAGUCCUAGACCUCCACGACAACCCGCUCAGAAAUCUCCCCCAAGAAGUCUUUUCCAACAUCGGCCUACUAAAUUUACAACGGCUCAAUUUACGUGCCACAAAACUUAGAUCUAUUCACGCGGACGCUUUUCUAGAAUUAAGGAUUUUAAUUGAAGUCGAUUUGGCUGAUAACGACCUCGCUCUGCUACCAAGGGAUAUAUUCAGAGGCAACGAGAGAUUGCGACUCGUUAUGUUAAGCAACAAUCCGUUGACGACAUUGAUAGCUGACCAAUUUCCUACGCUUCCUCAUCUAAGGAUACUACUAUUAGACGGCUGCAGAUUGAGGACCAUUCAUACGAACGCAUUGCGCAAUUUAAAAUCUCUAGAGACUAUAGACUUACGAAGAAACCAACUUACAUUCCUACGAUUGAUCACAUUUUCCUUGCCUGCUUUGAAAACAUUGUCGCUAUCUGGUAAUCCGUGGAGAUGCGAUUGUCGGUUGCGAGAGUUCAAAGAUUGGUUUUUAGAAAGCAAAUUGGGUACAGAAGAAUUAGAAUGUGUAGAACCUUCCUUUUUAUCAGGAAAUAUAUGGCGUAGUGUACCCAGUGAGACUAUGGCGUGUCCGCCAGAAGUGAAAUCGAGUACAUUGGUUGUGAGAGCAGAAGUCGGAUUAGCUGCGUCAUUCGGUUGUUGGGUUCACGGAGUUCCAAAACCAACAGUGACAUGGUUAUUAGAUGGAGUAGAAAUGAGAAAUAGUACUAUCGAUUGUGAUAUGGAAGAAACGGAUACAACAAUCGAAGACGAUAAUUCUGAUGAUAGAGUACCAGGGAGCGUGAGAUGGGUAAAUAUUACGUUACUGAAUGUGACAUCGAGUGCAGCUGGUGAAUGGACCUGUGUAGCUAGAAGUUUAGCAGGUGAAGCGAGAGCUGUCAUCAGUCUGGUCUUACCAAGAUCACAGACAGCUACAGCGCGAACAGCACCCGGGAUACCACAACUGUUAGGGGUUGUCUUCGGAGCUCUAGGAGCGUUAGCAGCCCUUGGUUUCUUAGCUGCGGUAGCCUGUUGGAAUUUGAGAAGACGAAGUGUACCUCCCAGUAGGAGUUUCACAGACCAAGAGAAACGUUUGAUAGAUGCUUCUGUAGUUGUAAGUUGCGAUCGUUCCAUCGCCGACAUGGCAUCACCGUGUAAUUUUGAGCUGACCGAACGAUCUAUAUCAGUAGACGACCAGCCUAGAGGUUGCGGUUUUGAACCAGUUCACAUAACGAUAGAAGGUACGCCUGGAGCGUUUCCACCGCCGCCAGCAGAGUUUGCAGUGCCAGUUCCUUAUGGUAAUAUUUUUAUAUCUGUCCAAGUAGCCGGGAGAGUUGAGCCUGGAAAGUAUCCUGAUUUGCUGAGUGGAGGUGCGACGUUGCCUCGUCGAAGUAGAACAUGCUGCAAUGCUCCCGCAUACGACAACAUGGGUCCUAGAGUGACUGCCACAGGCAGCUCUACAUGGUCGCUACCAGGAGCUAGUUCAGAAAACGUGGAACCUUCAGAGACUCCAGUGCUAUCGUUACCACCACCUCCACCAGAAUUCGUUUCGCUUUAGCCGAGGCCGCUGGUACUGGACGCCUCUAACCUCAGGUGACCUGGUACCUCAAACUUUGAAGUCAAUUAGACUAUUUCCCAAUUUUAUUGUAUUUAUAAUACGAUAAUUUUUAAAGUGAUCAAUUUGAAUGAGAAACCUGUAAAUAGUGCGCGCGAAUGGUGUGAGACAUCCUGUGAGAUUUAAAUACGUAAGAUUGUUAUCAAUAUUGAAGAGUAAAUGUAUGAUAAAUAACAUUUUAUGUGCAAUGUUUAUUCGUAUGGAAUGUUUAAUACUUGUGAAAGCAUUUAGUGUCUACCUGUUUGUUUACUAGACGUUCCUUUUAUGACUUCGCGUAUGUGUCUUCCCAACUUUUGUAAAUAUUGUUUAGUCGUGUUUACAAACUUCCCAAAUAUAAGACUGACCUCUUUGUCUUAUUUUCGCCUCUUUACGACUCGUGGUUACGACUGUAUAAAGCUGUGUACCUUCACAUAGGCAAAAAACAAUGGCUUCUAAAAGUUUCAUUUCAAAGCAAAAUAAUGUUAAAAUAAACCGAUCACAUUAUGGAGA